AUGGUGUACUGCUCACCGUCAUGGUUGUCACCCCUCUCGCUAGCCAUCAACGUCCUGCUGUUGCGAAGACUCCCGUAUCUCGAGGCCGUGGUGCUCGUCGUCCGCCUCGCCUCGAUCAUCCUCGCAUUUGUCGCUCUUGGUUCGCUCCCCAGAGCAAGCACACACGCGGUAGUCAGCCAGCUGGGCGCGCGAGGGUGGUCGAACCCUGGCGAGGAGGUUGUGAACGCAUCGGAGAAGCUGCCGGUGGCACUAUGGCGCUCCGUCGGCAUCAGCUGGAUCUUCGCCCUCAUCACCACUGUUUUACUCGCAGUCUACAUACCGGACAUUUCUCGUAUAUCAGACUCUCCCACGGGGUAUCCAUUCAUUGAAGUCUUCCACGAAGCAUUCGGUCUCGUGCACGCACCCGGAGCACGUACGCUUACAACGGUGCUUGUGGCCAUGUUCCUCGUCACCUCUGUCACAGCAACUGCCAAUCAAGUCACUGCGUCCAGCAGGCAGCUAUUCGGGUUCGCAAGAGAUGGCGGCGUACCUUUCGCAUCCGUUGUGACCGCAAUAAUCUAUUUCGACGGAACUCCGGUCCCGGUCUGGUCCAUCGCAGCGGUGUGCUUGAUCGUGAGCGCAUUGGCUUGCAUUUAUCUGGCGAGUCCUACGGCUUUGAACGCCUUCAAUUCCCUCGCCGGGGUAGCUCUGGCAGCUUCCUACAUGACCUGCAUUGGCGUCAGGCUCUGGUCGCGAUUGACAAACUACGAGAUGCCUUACGCGAAGCCUACGAAAUGGUCUCUGGAUCGGACUCCAGGAAUGAUUGUCAAUGUCGUCGCCCUUAUUUAUGCUACCUUCAACUUCGUCUUCAUGUUCUUCCCUCUGGCUCCUGGCUUUGACAAAGACCUCUUCAACUGGGCUAUCGUCGUGUUUGGGCUGGUCUUUGUUCUUGCAGCUGGGUUCUAUGCGUUCGAAAGGCGGCACCAUGAGCCUUCGCGUCAUGCGUACAAUUGA